GUGCCUUACUGCGCUUGCCCUGACGGCUAUGGGAUAACCGCGACCGAGUGUGUUGCAGGUGGAGCGUCCAACGUUUCAUUUUACAGCUUCACAGUCAUCGCAAAUCGAACAGCUAGGGACAACUCUUCUCGACCCAUCACCUUCCGCCCCAACCUGAAUAGUUGCACCCAGUACCCGGAAGCCGUGGCCAGGGAGGGCGUGACAGUGUAUUUUGUUCAGAAUACAAAUGAUGCUCCUGGUUGCUCCAGCUGGAGGGACUACUCAAACGACCACUGUGGAGGCGCUACUGAUUAUGAAUAUACCCUUGCAACCCCCGAGCUGUUUGUUGCAACUUAUUCACU